AUGGCCGACCUCGUCCGAGACGCCCCCGUCGGGCAGCUCAUCCGCUGGGCAACAAACAACCGCUACCUGCAGUAUCCUGAGGAAAAGGCCGACUUCCAGCUGCCGCGGCCCUGGCAACAGCUCCUCAAGGACCCAGACGCCGCCGUCGCUGCCGAUGAUGAACCCCGAGAGAGGCAGCAGCAGCAGCAGCAGCCAUCGCCAUCCUCAUCCUCCUCGUCCACGAACGGCACCGCCAUCGACGACAAGGAUGAGCAGGAUGAGCAGCAAACCGUCCAAGGCGGCGGCGGGGAUCAGGAAGCCGCCGCCAACGCCGUGGAAAAGGUGCAGUCGGUGCCCAUUGUGCCGCGGCGCACAAAGGACGGCGCCAUCCUCGUCGACUGGUACUACAGCGACGACGCCGAGGACCCUCACAACUGGAGCGACGCCAAGCGCGCCCUCGUCGCCGUCGUCAUCUGCUUCUACACCUUUGUCGUCUACACCUCGUCGGCCAUCUACACCUCGUCGGCCGAGGGCAUCAUGCGCGCCUUCAACGUCGGCCAGCUCGAGGCCACCCUCGGCCUCUCCCUCUACGUCCUCGGCUACGGCAUAGGGCCCCUCGUCUUCUCUCCGCUCAGCGAGAUUCCGCGCAUCGGCCGGAACCCCGUCUACGCCAUCACCAUGUUCCUCUUCGUCAUCAUCUCUAUACCCACUGCCUUUGCUCCAAACUACGCCGGCCUCAUGGUCUUGCGCUUCCUCCAGGGCUUCUUCGGCUCCCCCUGUCUGGCCUCGGGCGGUGCCUCUCUCGGCGACAUGUACAGCCUCAUCUCCUUGCCCUAUGCCAUGGUGGCCUGGGUCUCGGCCGCCUACUGUGGACCCGCCCUCGGCCCCCUGCUCAGCGGCUUCGCCGUCCCCGCAAAGAACUGGCGCUGGUCCCUCUACGAGUCCAUCUGGGCCUCGGCCCCCGUCCUCCUCGCCAUGCUCAUCGCCUUGCCCGAGACGAGCAGCGCAAACAUCCUCCUGCGCCGCGCCCAGCGCCUCCGCCGCCUCACCGGCAGCGCCCGCUUCAUGUCCGAGAGCGAGAUUGAGCAGCGCAACAUGAAGGUCUCGUCCGUUUUCAUCGACGCCCUCAUCAAGCCCCUCGAGAUUACCCUCAAGGACCCGGCCGUGCUCUUUGUCCAGCUCUACACGGCCAUAAUCUACGGCAUCUACUACUCCUUUUUCGAGGUCUUCCCCCUCGUCUACCCCGUCUACUACAACAUGACGCUCGGCCAGAUCGGUCUCGUCUUCCUCUGCAUCCUCGUCUCCUGCAUCAUCGGCAUCGUCCUCUACUGCUCUUACCUCUACUGGUACAUGCAGCCGCGCAUUGAAAGGUUCGGCUUCCCCCCGCAGGAGAACCGCCUCGUGCCCGCCCUGGCGGCCGCCUUUGGCCCAACCAUUGGCCUCUUCCUCUUCGCCUGGACCGCCCGCGCCUCGGUCCACUGGAUCGUGCCCACCAUUGGCAUCACCAUCUACGGCGCCACCUGCUUCGUCGUCAUGCAGUGCAUCUUCGUAUACGUGCCCCUCAGCUACCCCAAGUACGCUGCCAGCCUCUUCGCCGCAAACGACUUCUUCCGCAGCGCCCUCGCCUGCGGCAGCGUCCUCUUUGCCCACCCGCUCUUUGUGAACCUCGGCGUUGCCCGGGGCGUCAGUCUUCUCGGCGGCCUCAGCAUCAUCGGCAUCGUCGGCAUCUGGCUGCUCUACUUUUAUGGCGCCAGGCUCCGCGCCCUGAGCAAGUUUGCCGUCUCGGGCGACUAG